AUGUUAAGAUUCAGGAGUGUGCCCACCAAGGAACUCGGGGUGAUGUUCAAAUACCUCCGCGUUGUGGGGCUCGGAGCGUCCACAAUUUACCAGCCAACGUUGGGGUCGAAACUCAACCCUCUGAAUGUCCUCGAUCGCAUCAAACAGUGGCGAUCGCCUGCCACUCGAGAUCUCCUAUAUGGCUUCGAAGGUGUCGUUAAGCCUGGCGAGAUGCUUCUGGUUCUUGGUCGGCCGGGCGCGGGCUGCAGUACCUUUCUCCGAGUCUUGGCCAAUCAACACGCCGAGUUUCAUUCCGUCCAAGGCGAUAUCCAUUACGACUCGCUGAGCCCUCAAGAGGUGCAUCGGCACUACCGCGGCGACAUUCAUUACUGCUCCGAGGAAGAUUACCAUUUCCCUACUCUAACGGUGGAUCAGACGUUGCGGUUCGCGGCACGAACAAGGACGCCAAAAGAUCAGUCCGACUCGUCGUCGCCGCGUGAUCACACGGAGAAGGUUGCGGAACAUUUGGAGACCACUUUUGGUUUGCGCCAUGUUAGGAAUACGGUCGUAGGUGAUGCAGCUAUUCGUGGUAUCUCUGGAGGAGAGAAGAAAAGAGUGUCCAUUUGCGAGGGUCUUGCGACAAGAAGUCUCAUCAGUUGCUGGGACAAUACUCAUGCCGUCGCCACGCUCAGCGCUUCCACUGCGCUCGAGUUUGUGCGGUCCCUGCGCUCAGUAACUGACCAUGAGCGAAAAGCGACCAUUGUCUCCUUGCAACAAGCCGGGGAACCAUUGUUUGAGCUAUUUGACAAGGUUUGUCUCAUAUACGAGGGCAGAAUGGCGUACUUUGGGCCUGCGUCUCGCGCGCGGCAGUACUUUGUCGACAUGGGCUAUCUCCCGACCAACAGGCAGACGACUGCAGACUUUUUGGUGGCCGUCACUGAUCCGGAUGGUCGAAAGACACAAAUUGGCUUCGAUCGCUAUAUCCCUCAGACGGCCCAUGAGUUCGCGGGAUAUUAUGGGAAGUCUGAUAUCUGUCCACUCAACAAGGCCGACAUUGAGGCAUAUGGAGAUGAGUGCAUCGGGAAGCCUCAUCGAGCAGCGAUCUUCCAGGAGCGCUCUCGAGCCGAGAAUAGCAGCAUGACUGGCGCGGAUAGUCCCUACCUCCUUUCACUAUCUACGCAAGCGUGGGUGCUCCUUGUUCGCAGGCUUCAACUUGAGCGAGGUGCAUUACGCCGGCGCAUCACACAAUUGAUUGCCUCCAUGAUACAGGCUAUCAUGGCCGGGUCCGUAUACGCUCAUCUCCACCCCGAUACCUCAAGCCUUUACUCUCGCUCAAGUGUAGUACAAUUCGCCCUCGUUUGGGUUACCUUCACCACAUCAACCGAGAUUCCGGCUCUCUUUUCGCAGCGCCCGAUUGUGUUGAAGCACUUUAGGGCUGCGAUGUACCAUCCUCUCUUAGACUCGCUCUCCCUGACACUACUCGAUAUUCCGAUCACCUUAUUUACCACGGGCCUCUUCUCGGUUAUUAUUUAUUUCUUGGCUGAUUUACAUGACUCAUUCGGACGGUUCAUAACUUUCACCUUAGUAUUGCUGCUAAUCACUUUCACGAUGAAGGGAUUGUUCCGUGCCGUGGCUACGUCAUUUAAGAGCCCGGCUCCGGCUCAAGCACUGGCAGGACUUAUAAUGAUGUUUAGCGUGCUUUACAUGGGGUUUAUCCUGCCGAUGCCUACGAUGAUCGGAGCACUCAAAUGGAUUACCUAUAUAAAUCCUCUCAAAUAUGCCACCGAGGCUGUCACAGUCAACGAGUUCGAAGAUUUGACCGCGACGUGCUCUACGCCCAUCCCUCAAGGACCUGGAUAUGAGCAUGUGGCUUCAGAAAACCAAGUGUGCACAACGGUGGGGUCUCUUCCUGGCGACCUCUCUGUCUCAGGUGCACGCUAUUUGCAAGUGAACUUUGACUUCUCGUAUGACCAUCUGUGGCGGAAUGUUGGCAUCCUGAUCGCUUUCUUCACCUUCUUUACGCUCACCUACCUGCUCAUGACUGAAAUCCGAGUGGAAUCGGCAUCCCAGACUUCGGUUGUUCUUUUCAAGAAGCCGACUCGUAAGCAAAACAGUCAGCACAGGCGAUCCAAUGUCGACACAGGGCACGAGGCGUCGACGAGAACUGCCAGAGGUGGCACAUUCUCAUUCGAGAACCUGUCGUAUUCGGUACCCACAGCUGAUGGUGCUCGGAGGGAACUUUUGCAAGACGUCUCCGGAUGUGUCACACCAGGAUCUCUGGUCGCACUGAUGGGGGAAUCUGGUGCAGGGAAGACCACAUUGCUCAAUGUCUUAUCCAAGCGGACCACCACUGGAGAUGUCACUGGUGAUCUGCUUCUGGAUGGUAAGCCUGUCCCGGCGGACUUCCAGACCCAAAUUGGAUUCUGCCAACAGGUGGACACGCACUACCCUUUAUCGACCGUGCGCGAAGCUCUCUUGUUCUCAGUUCAACUACGUCAGUCUCAGUCUGUGCCACUUUCAGUGAAGAUGGACCAUGUAGCCGAAUGCAUCACUAUGUGCGGUCUCGAAUCGUACUCAGAUGCCAUCAUCGGCACGUUGGGCAUCGAGCAAUUACGACGGGUUAGCAUUGCCAUCGAGCUGAUCGCAAAGCCUCCUCUACUUUUCCUUGAUGAACCUACUUCAGGCCUUGAUUCACAAGGUGCUCUGUCCAUCGUCGGAGCGCUGCGGAAUCUGGCUGAUAAAGGACAAGCGAUUGUAUGCACAAUCCACCAACCGUCGUCUGAUGUAUUUGAGAUGUUCGAUCACUUGCUACUGUUGCGUAAAGGCGGGCAAGUCGUGUAUCACGGAGAACUGGGCACUGAAUCCAAGACGAUUAUUGACUAUUUCGAGAAGCAUGGCGCGCGCCCAUGUACACCAGACGAGAAUCCUGCCGAUUAUAUCUUGAAUGCCAUUGGUGCCAGUGCGAUAUCUACCUUAAACCAGGAUUGGCAUGAGAUAUGGGUCCAUUGCCCAGAAGCUCGCAAACUACAUGCCCAACUGGAUGCCAUCAGACUGAACAAAAUUCCCCUUGAAAUUGCUCGGUCCUAUUCACGUGGUUCCGCUGUCUCUUGGAGGACGCAGCUGGCGACAUUACUGAAUCGCAAUCUUACUGGCUAUUGGAGAAACCCAACGUAUCUUCUGUCGAAGUUCAUCCUCACGUCUGGUGCCGGCAUCGUAAUUGGUCUCUCAUUUCUCCACACUAAAGACAAUUUACAAGGCACCCAGAAUCAGCUUUGGACAGUGUAUUUGUCAACGUAUAUGGCUUCUCCGCUCACUCAUCAGAUGUUCGUACCGUUGAUCAACGUGCGCAACGUCUAUGAGCUUCGCGAGAGGUUCAGCAACAUGUACCAUUGGACAGCGCUUCUGACCUCCCAGCUAUUGGCCGAACUGCCUUGGAACAUCCUGGCUAUGACAGCGUACUUUAUCUCUUGGUAUUGGACGGUUGGAUUCCCGACUAGUCGCGCAGGCUACUCAUACCUGAUGUUGGCAGUGGUAUACCCACUAUACUUCACGACAGUGGGCCAGGCAGUCGGAGCAUUCUCACCCACUCCUGAGGCAGCUUCGCUCGGUUUCAGUGCAUUAUUCGCUUUCAUGCUACUCUUCGAUGGCGUCAUGCGUCCGUACGCACAACUGGGCUGGUGGCAGUGGAUGAAUCGUGUUAUACCCUCGACAUAUGUUGUGGAAGGCAUAGUCGGCCAAGCUUCGGGGGGCAUGCCUAUUCAUUGUGACCUUGAAGAACUCGUCACCGUUGACCCUCCUGCAGGAAUGAUCUGCUCCCAGUAUUUGGCCACAUUCGCCGAGACCGCCGGAGGCUAUCUCACAAAUGCAAAUGAUAGCCAAGCGUGUGGCUAUUGCCCCUACCGUACGAAGGAUAUAUUCUUCACUCAGAACUUCAGCAUCUCGUACUCGCAUCGCUGGCGUGACUUCGGUGUCCUGAUAGCCUAUAUUCUCAUCAAUGUGAGCAGCCGAGUAUGUACUCCCAGACAUUCACUGACUUGA